AUGUUGGGUCUCGCUCGUGUUUCUAACAAACUCGGCAGGAAUGUGAUGACCAAUUUCAUCAGGAACCAUUCCCACGGAGGUGUUCCCGGCGAGAACCUUCCCUUCGACAUUUCCAACCGCUACAAGCUGACGGCAUACUUCAUUGUGUUUGUGGGCUCCGGCCUCUCAGCUCCGUUCCUCAUCACCCGUCACCAGCUCCUCAAGAAGUAA